AUGCGGCUACGGGCCGGAGCUGAGAACCUGCUCAAAGCGACAUCCAACAACAAAGUUAAGGAAAUGGUUCUGCUAGAGCUAAGCUACUGCAACUCUAACCUGCAGCUACUCAUGGGGGAGCUGGAAGGUCUCAACAGCUCCGUGGAGGUCUACCAAAACAAACAGGAGACGGCCAACAUCCCUCUGAUUGCUCUGGGCCUUAAGGAGACAAAAGAAGUGGAUUUUUCUGCCCCAUUUAAGGACUACAUUCAGGAACACUACGACGAAGACGGUCGGCGUUACGAGGAGGAGAUUGCUGACCUGAUGGACCUACGGCAGGCGUGCAGAACGCCCAGUCGAAACGAGGAAGGAGUGGAUCUACUGGCUAAAUACUUUGCCCACCUCCCUCUUGUCGAGAGUCGAUUCUUCUCCCCUUCUCGACAGACAGGCAUUUUCUUUACCUGGUAUGACUCUUUCACUGGAGUCCCUGUGUGCCAGCAGAACCUGUCAUUGGAGAAGGCCAGUGUCCUCUUCAACAUGGCCGCGCUCUACUCUCAGAUCGGCACCCGCAGUGACAGGCAGACUUUGAAUGGACUCGAUGAAGCUAUUUCCUCUUUCCAGAAAGCUGCAGGGACCUUGCACUACCUCAAAGAGACGUUCACCCACACCCCGAGCUACGACAUGAGCCCAGCUAUGCUCAGUAUGUUAAUCCGGAUGAUGAUCGCACAAGCCCAGGAGGGGAUCUUUGAGAAGAUUGCUCUUCCCGGGGUCAGAAACCACUUUUAUGCUCUGCUUAAAAUGUCCCAAGAAGCUGCAAAGGUGUCAGAGAUAUAUGACCAUGUUCAUCAAUACAUGAUCCAGACCCCAAUCAAAGACAAUGUGCCUCUGUUCUGGUCAACCAUGGCACAAGUGAAAACCAACCACUACCAAGCUGUGGCCCACUACUUCGUAUCCUUGGCACUGUUGGAGCACCAGCUUGGAGCACAGGAUGACGAGGACCAGCAGGAAAAGGCCUUGUCACAGGUUUAUGACCACAUUCCCGACGGGCGCACUCCCCUGGACAUCCUGAAGAAAAAGGAAGAACGAGAGCGGAUUGGUAAAGCCCACAUUCGCCGAGCCAUUCUGUGCCAUGAGGAGGCCCUGAGGGUGUACAGCCUGAGCCUUCACUUAAACAAGUUGGAAAUCCUCCAGGACAUACUGAAGGCCAGUCUGCAGCGCUCUCUGGAAAAGUCCAGUGCACACGAAGAAGAGGAGGAGUUCACGGACUACAUGGAGGCCCCUGACGUAAUCGCCAAGACCGAGCAUAAAGCGGAAAUGGAAGUUCCUUCCACCAUAAAGGUGAAAGUCAUGGACUUUUUCCAGAGGCUGGGCCCGCUGUCAGUGUUCUCAGCCAAACAGCAGUGGACAGCGCCAAGGACUGUCCACAUCUGUCCUGAAGACCGAGACGUGGGCUUCACUCUGCGUGGAGACCCGCCAGUCCAGGUGGUCUCUCUGGAUCCUCUCUGCAAUGCUGCCGAGGGCGAACAUGGCCUAAAGGAAGGAGACUACAUUGUUGCCGUUGGGGACACAGACUGCAAAUGGAUGGGUGUGGGCGACGUGAUGCGCUUACUGAAGGAUGUUGGUGAAGAAGGAGUUGAUAUCCAGGUGGUUAGUCUGAUGGACAUCAACUCCUCUAUGCCUACAAAAAGUGCUACUUUCUGUGGCAACCUCCCAAAAACCUACUCCAUGAUCUGCCUAGCUUAUGAUGAUGCUGACAAAAAUCCCAAAUCGCAUAAAGUGACCAAGAAAUCAUCCUUCCUGAGUUGGGGAAUCAAGAACAAGCUUAAAAGUACCAGCACCCUCAGUCUGCCCACAGCUGACCAGUCUGGUGCCCUCCCCUGGAACAAACCCUGCCCAAAGUAUGUGGUUGUAUUAGAGUCUGUGGUUGUAUUAGAGUCUGUGGUUGUAUUAGAGUCUGUGGUUGUAUUAGAGUCUGUGGUUGUAGUAGUGUCUGUGGUUGUAUUAGAGUCUGUGGUUGUAUUAGAGUCUGUGGUUGUAUUAGAGUCUGUGGUUGUAUUAGAGUCUGUGGUUGUAUUAGAGUCUGUGGUUGUAUUAGAGUCUGUGGUUGUAUUAGAGUCUGUGGUUGUAGUAGUGUCUGUGGUUGUAUUAGAGUCUGUGGUUGUAUUAGAGUCUGUGGUUGUAUUAGAGUCUGUGGUUGUAUUAGAGUCUGUGGUUGUAUUAGAGUCUGUGGUUGUAUUAGAGUAUGUGGUUGUAUUAGAGUCUGUGGUUGUAUUAGAGUCUGUGGUUGUAUUAGAGUCUGUGGUUGUAUUAGAGUCUGUGGUUGUAUUAGAGUCUGUGGUUGUAUUAGAGUCUGUGGUUGUAUUAGAGUCUGUGGUUGUAUUAGAGUCUGUGGUUGUAUUAGAGUCUGUGGUUGUAUUAGAGUCUGUGGUUGUAUUAGAGUCUGUGGUUGUAUUAGAGUCUGUGGUUGUAUUAGAGUCUGUGGUUGUAUUAGAGUCUGUGGUUGUAUUAGAGUCUGUGGUUGUAUUAGAGUCUGUGGUUGUAUUAGAGUCUGUGGUUGUAUUAGAGUCUGUGGUUGUAUUAGUGUCUGUGGUUGUAUUAGAGUCUGUGGUUGUAUUAGAGUCUGUGGUUGUAUUAGAGUCUGUGGUUGUAUUAGAGUCUGUGGUUGUAUUAGAGUCUGUGGUUGUAGUAGUGUCUGUGGUUGUAUUAGUGUCUGUGGUUGUAUUAGAGUCUGUGGUUGUAUUAGAGUCUGUGGUUGUAUUAGAGUCUGUGGUUGUAUUAGAGUCUGUGGUUGUAUUAGAGUCUGUGGUUGUAUUAGAGUCUGUGGUUGUAUUAGAGUCUGUGGUUGUAUUAGAGUCUGUGGUUGUAUUAGAGUCUGUGGUUGUAUUAGAGUCUGUGGUUGUAUUAGAGUCUGUGGUUGUAUUAGAGUCUGUGGUUGUAUUAGAGUCUGUGGUUGUAUUAGAGUCUGUGGUUGUAUUAGAGUCUGUGGUUGUAUUAGAGUCUGUGGUUGUAUUAGAGUCUGUGGUUGUAGUAGUGUCUGUGGUUGUAUUAGAGUCUGUGGUUGUAUUAGAGUCUGUGGUUGUAUUAGAGUCUGUGGUUGUAUUAGAGUCUGUGGUUGUAUUAGAGUCUGUGGUUGUAUUAGAGUCUGUGGUUGUAUUAGAGUCUGUGGUUGUAUUAGAGUCUGUGAUUGUAUUAGAGUCUGUGGUUGUAUUAGAGUCUGUGGUUGUAUUAGAGUCUGUGGUUGUAUUAGAGUCUGUGGUUGUAUUAGAGUAUGUGGUUGUAUUAGAGUCUGUGGUUGUAUUAGAGUCUGUGGUUGUAUUAGAGUAUGUGGUUGUAGCAGAGUCUGUGGUUGUAUUAGAGUCUGUGGUUGUAUUAGAGUAUGUGGUUGUAUUAGAGUCUGUGGUUGUAUUAGAGUCUGUGGUUGUAUUAGAGUCUGUGGUUGUAUUAGAGUCUGUGGUUGUAUUAGAGUCUGUGGUUGUAUUAGAGUCUGUGGUUGUAUUAGAGUCUGUGGUUGUAUUAGAGUCUGUGGUUGUAUUAGAGUCUGUGGUUGUAUUAGAGUCUGUGGUUGUAUUAGAGUCUGUGGUUGUAUUAGAGUCUGUGGUUGUAUUAGAGUCUGUGGUUGUAUUAGAGUCUGUGGUUGUAUUAGAGUCUGUGGUUGUAUUAGAGUCUGUGGUUGUAUUAGAGUCUGUGGUUGUAUUAGAGUCUGUGGUUGUAUUAGAGUCUGUGGUUGUAUUAGAGUCUGUGGUUGUAUUAGAGUCUGUGGUUGUAUUAGAGUCUGUGGUUGUAGCAGAGUCUGUGGUUGUGAUUAGAAGUCUGUGGGUUGUAGCAGAGUCUGUGGUUGUAUUAGAGUCUGUGGUUGUAUUAGAGUCUGUGGUUGUAUUAGAGUCUGUGGUUGUAUUAGAGUAUGUGGUUGUAUUAGAGUCUGUGGUUGUAUUAGAGUCUGUGGUUGUAUUAGAGUCUGUGGUUGUAUUAGAGUCUGUGGUUGUAUUAGAGUCUGUGGUUGUAUUAGAGUCUGUGGUUGUAUUAGAGUCUGUGGUUGUAUUAGAGUCUGUGGUUGUAUUAGAGUCUGUGGUUGUAUUAGAGUCUGUGGUUGUAUUAGAGUCUGUGGUUGUAUUAGAGUCUGUGGUUGUAUUAGAGUCUGUGGUUGUAUUAGAGUCUGUGGUUGUAGUAGUGUCUGUGGUUGUAUUAGAGUCUGUGGUUGUAUUAGAGUCUGUGGUUGUAUUAGAGUCUGUGGUUGUAGUAGUGUCUGUGGUUGUAGUAGUAUCUGUGGUUGUAGUAGUGUCUGUGGUUGUAGUAGUGUCUGUGGUUGUAGUAGUGUCUGUGGUUGUAGUAGUGUCUGUGGUUGUAGUAGUGUCUGUGGUUGUAGUAGUGUCUGUGGUUGUAUUAGAGUCUGUGGUUGUAUUAGAGUCUGUGGUUGUAUUAGAGUCUGUGGUUGUAUUAGAGUCUGUGGUUGUAUUAGAGUCUGUGGUUGUAUUAGAGUCUGUGGUUGUAUUAGAGUCUGUGGUUGUAUUAGAGUCUGUGGUUGUAUUAGAGUCUGUGGUUGUAUUAGAGUCUGUGGUUGUAUUAGAGUCUGUGGUUGUAUUAGAGUCUGUGGUUGUAUUAGAGUCUGUGGUUGUAUUAGAGUCUGUGGUUGUAUUAGAGUCUGUGGUUGUAUUAGAGUCUGUGGUUGUAUUAGAGUCUGUGGUUGUAUUAGAGUCUGUGGUUGUAGCAGAGUCUGUGGUUGUAUUAGAGUCUGUGGUUGUAGCAGAGUCUAGUCUGGUUGUAGUAGUGUCUGUGGUUGUAUUAGAGUCUGUGGUUGUAUUAGAGUCUGUGGUUGUAGCAGAGUCUGUGGUUGUAUUAGAGUCUGUGGUUGUAUUAGAGUAUGUGGUUGUAUUAGAGUCUGUGGUUGUAUUAGAGUCUGUGGUUGUAUUAGAGUAUGUGGUUGUAUUAGAGUCUGUGGUUGUAUUAGAGUCUGUGGUUGUAUUAGAGUCUGUGGUUGUAUUAGAGUCUGUGGUUGUAUUAGAGUCUGUGGUUGUAUUAGAGUAUGUGGUUGUAUUAGAGUCUGUGGUUGUAUUAGAGUCUGUGGUUGUAUUAGAGUAUGUGGUUGUAGCAGAGUCUGUGGUUGUAUUAGAGUCUGUGGUUGUAUUAGAGUAUGUGGUUGUAUUAGAGUCUGUGGUUGUAUUAGAGUCUGUGGUUGUAUUAGAGUCUGUGGUUGUAUUAGAGUCUGUGGUUGUAUUAGAGUAUGUGGUUGUAUUAGAGUCUGUGGUUGUAUUAGAGUCUGUGGUUGUAUUAGAGUCUGUGGUUGUAUUAGAGUCUGUGGUUGUAUUAGAGUAUGUGGUUGUAUUAGAGUCUGUGGUUGUAUUAGAGUCUGUGGUUGUAGUAGUGUCUGUGGUUGUAUUAGAGUCUGUGGUUGUAUUAGAGUCUGUGAUUGUAUUAGAGUCUGUGGUUGUAUUAGAGUCUGUGGUUGUAUUAGAGUCUGUGGUUGUAUUAGAGUCUGUGGUUGUAUUAGAGUAUGUGGUUGUAUUAGAGUCUGUGGUUGUAUUAGAGUCUGUGGUUGUAUUAGAGUAUGUGGUUGUAUUAGAGUCUGUGGUUGUAUUAGAGUCUGUGGUUGUAUUAGAGUCUGUGGUUGUAUUAGAGUCUGUGGUUGUAUUAGAGUCUGUGGUUGUAUUAGAGUCUGUGGUUGUAUUAGAGUCUGUGGUUGUAGCAGAGUCUGUGGUUGUAUUAGAGUCUGUGGUUGUAUUAGAGUCUGUGGUUGUAUUAGAGUCUGUGGUUGUAUUAGAGUCUGUGGUUGUAUUAGAGUCUGUGGUUGUAUUAGAGUCUGUGGUUGUAUUAGAGUCUGUGGUUGUAUUAGAGUCUGUGGUUGUAUUAGAGUCUGUGGUUGUAUUAGAGUCUGUGGUUGUAUUAGAGUCUGUGGUUGUAUUAGAGUCUGUGGUUGUAGCAGAGUCUGUGGUUGUAUUAGAGUCUGUGGUUGUAUUAGAGUCUGUGGUUGUAUUAGAGUCUGUGGUUGUAUUAGAGUCUGUGGUUGUAUUAGAGUCUGUGGUUGUAUUAGAGUCUGUGGUUGUAUUAGAGUCUGUGGUUGUAUUAGAGUCUGUGAUUGUAUUAGAGUCUGUGGUUGUAUUAGAGUCUGUGAUUGUAUUAGAGUCUGUGGUUGUAUUAGAGUCUGUGGUUGUAUUAGAGUCUGUGGUUGUAUUAGAGUCUGUGGUUGUAUUAGAGUCUGUGGUUGUAUUAGAGUCUGUGGUUGUAGUAGUGUCUGUGGUUGUAGUAGUGUCUGUGGUUGUAUUAGAGUCUGUGGUUGUAUUAGAGUCUGUGGUUGUAUUAGAGUCUGUGGUUGUAGUAGUGUCUGUGGUUGUAGUAGUGUCUGUGGUUGUAGUAGUGUCUGUGGUUGUAUUAGAGUCUGUGGUUGUAGUAGUGUCUGUGGUUGUAUUAGAGUCUGUGGUUGUAUUAGAGUCUGUGGUUGUAUUAGAGUCUGUGGUUGUAUUAGAGUCUGUGGUUGUAGUAGUGUCUGUGGUUAGACAUAUUAGCCAUGGCCUAAUCCCAGCCGCCUCUUUAGCCCCCAAACCUGCUGUGCCUCGCACCCCUCCCCCCCGCAGCCCAGACCCCUCACCUGAGAGACCCAGAUCUGCAUUGGCAGCAGCGAUUCUGUCGUCCUCACUCACUGGACAAACCUGGGCACUCCCGCCCACAUAUCCACGGGCUUUCACAGAGAGUGAUCCAUCAGAAUCUGUGAAUUAUGAACCAACCCCGUUUCAGAGAGAAACAUGGGCAGAAGAUGUCCAGAGUGCAGAGCCCUCAGAAGGGGAGCUGGAUGGACGAGCCGCGUUAAAGGAGAUCCAUGAUGAGGAACAUGUGUAUCAAACAAUCAACACUGCAGGAGAAAGUGAAACUAAUGAACCAGUUUAUGCACUUCCUGUCAAACCAAAGGCGACUUCACAGCAACUGACUGGAACAUCUGGCCACGAUCCUGAUUUCGACCGUUUCAAUGACGCUCAUGAGCAGGCUCCUAAACGCAGUCAAGAGUCCUUCAGGAAGGAGCUGGACAGAAAGAGCACUCGAAAGAAGAACAAAGCAAGAUCUAUGGAAGAAAUCCAAGCAAAAACCAUCGUGUCUCGGCUCAGUGGUGAAAAUGUUCCCGCCGGACCUUCCACACCCAUUUCCACAAGUUUCUCUCAGAUCAAGGCAGAAUCAAGUGAAGACAAUAAGGUUAAAAUGGACCCGGCUCCCAGUCAAAGGCAACGUGCAUCUGCUCCUGAAAUGAUUCAACGUCAAAGCUCCUUCAACUCCCGGGACAAAAAGCAGGAUUCCAUUAGUCAAGCUGAGGUGCAGAGUUUAAGACGACAGGCUCAGGAGCUGGUGGAUGAGAACGAUGCCCUCAAGAUGACGGUCCACCGCCUCAACGUAGAGCUGAGCCGUUACCAAGUGCGCUUCAGGCCACUUUCCAAAGAGGAGAUUUCCAAAACUGAAGGACUUCCAGUGACAGACUCGGCCCCUCCCUGGCUUCUCGACAUGAAGUAUUUAUCGCCUCUAUUACUCGCUUAUGAGGACAGAAUGAAGGAGAAGGACGCGUUACUGAAAACCACAGAGGAGGAAAUGAAGAGAUUACGUGUCCAUGUUGAACAGGUGAUCAAAGAAAAUGACAAACUGCAUGAGGACAUUUCCAAGACGGGAGGAGUCACGCACAUAGAUUGGGAACGUCUCCAAGAACAAGCGGUCCUGGUUUUGCAAGAAAACCAACUACUGAUUGAGCAGCUCGAUGGAGAGAGUGUGAAGGCUAAGAGAACUCAAAGCAAACAUCAUUCAGAAGUAUCCAAGCUAGCCAAGCAGUUGAUGCUCUGUGAGGCAGAAAAACACCAUUUGGAGGAGGAGUUGGAAGCAAGCAAAAGAGAAGCUCAGAAAAAUAAGAGGAAUGCUCAAACUCUGCAGGACCGUCUGAAAGAUGCAGUCACAUGGGAGGAACACUGCAACAUUGCCGGAAAACUUAAAUGCCAGCUGGAACAGAUGGAUUUCAAGAAUAAGAGAAACGAAGAGGAACUCUUCCUUAAAAAGGUUCGUCUGGAAGAGGAGAAUGCCAGCCUGAAUUUGGAAAAGGAAAACCUGAAUGCUUCAAUAAUAAAACUCAAGAUGGAGCUGGAGACAUGGAAACAAGCUCAUGGGUAG